UUUCUCUUAAAUUGACAAGUGGUGCCAGGUGUUAAAUUUUUUCGAACCAAAUCAGAACAUGGCAACAACAGUUUGGCCAAGCAAUAUUCAUCUGAGAAUCUUCAAGACUCAAGAAUGUUGGUAGAUAAAGAGAAAGAUAGCUUUUAUUGCUUUCCAUUUUAUCCUUGGGGCCACAAUAAACAAGGUGUAACAGCUGAUUAUGCUAUUGAAGCUUCUCAGAGAAAGAGGGGAGAGGACGCACCCCACCAGAAUGUAGCUUUAAAUGCAGUACCAACUACAACUACUGGAGCUGGGAUCCUGUUGAAGAAUGAUGGAGAGAAAACUACAACAGUAAAUGAAGUUGGUCUAGACGAAGAUCACACAGUUGCAGGAAAUGUCAACUUGGAUUCCCAGUUGAACCUUUCUGACAAAGACGACGAUACAGUCGAAGAAUUCACGGAAAAGCCACCAAGUCGAGCAGCAAGUCAUCCGAACAUCACUAUUCAGAGUAUAACGUCCCACACGUCCACGACAGCUACAAGUCGAGUGAACAAUGUAAAAAUCAAAGAAACAUCUUAUACAGCUACAGGGACAACAAAAACUACUUCGUGUCUGGAUGGAGAUAGUGAAUUCCUACAACAAGAAGAACAAUAUCCACGGCUUCCAAAUAUAGAAGUUACUGAAGGCCGAUUAGGAAUUCCAACUUCUAGUAGCAUUCCCGCUCUAAAUGACGGCCAAAAUGUUCAAGCUGAGGCAAAAUUUGAAGUGCCCAAAGAAAAUGUAACUGAAAAAACAUCAGAUAGGCAUGUUCAGCAUGCGUCAGACACGGCAGGAAAUAAUGUUUUACCUAGAAGCGGAUCAGAUGAAAAAGAUUAUCUCUGCAGUUGCAUUCCGGUUUCUUUACCAACUAUCUGGUCAUGGUCUUCCAAGGAACUCAUUGCAGAUGAGCAACUGAAGAAACCUCUCUUAGCUGAUCUCAAAGACAAACUAACCAUUGACGAGGAGGUACUAGUGACAUUGAGAGAUGACCAACAAAGGAAGGUAAUAUUUCCUUCAAAAGUAGACAGUGUUGAAUCAAGCAGUUCCUUGGAAACACAAGAUCCUGCAACUCUUGUACAAAAAAAAGUGGAUGAUUCUGUUCGGCUAAACAAAGUAGAUGAUUCUGUUUCACAAAGCUCAGAGAUCUCUCCAGAUUCUAGCAAUAUAGCCAGCCCAACUGAUGGGAGGGCUGCAGUUGUGAUAAACAUUCGACAAUCAGCAAAUACAGAGGCCGCAGAUCCAGGAGUAGUAACUGAUUGGGAUUUACUGAAAAGUAUUGUAUAUGGUGGUUUGACUGUGUCAAUUACAAGCCUUGGAGUUGUUUCAUCUGCAGCGGGUGGGGAUGCAAAAACAUUGACUGUGAUUGCAAUUAGCCUUGCAAAUUUGGUUGCUGGAUUCUUUCUGAUCAUUAAAGAUAUUUUGUAUCUUCAUCACUUCGACAAAAUAAAGUUCGAAGAUUCAGUUGGACACAGUUUUUUGUUCAAUGGAUUUAUAGCAAUAGUUUCCUACCUUGUUUUUGGAUCACUGGCACCAAUUACCUAUGGCUUCUCUUUCCAAAACAGUGAUGACACGUUGUACAAAUUCCUUGCAGCAAGUUUAGUAUCUUUGAUUUCUAUCAUCCUGCUUGCUUUGGGUAAGGCUCGAGUUGCCAAUAAGUCCUACAACAUUGUCGCUCAAGAGGCCUAUAAGACUUACAUUAGAGUUGUCAUUCUCUAUGUUGUUACUGGUUUUUGGGCAUCUUUUAUUGGUUUCUUUGCAGGCAAAUAUAUUAAGAAGCUACUAGAAAAGUGGGGAUUUACAACUGAUUGAGGAUGCCAACAAUAUCCCGUUCUAACAGUUCAACUACUGUUGCCUAGAGCUUCAUUUGCUAUCUAUUUGCUUAACCAAUUCUGACCAGUUAAAUGUGUCACCACCUUUACCGUAAGAGAUCAACUUUUCAUUGUUCUGUGCUGCUUCUACCUAGAAUGAAUUUACCAUUAUAUGUGCAGUUAGCGAGGCAUCAAUUUGAAGUGUAUAUUUCAACAGCCAGACACAUUAUAAGAAAUCAUACUUUACUCUGCAAGCCUAUUAUAAGUGUUUUUCAUUUGUCAAAAUCUGUUAGCAUAUUUUAAUAAAAUCAGUUCCCAUCUUUUUAUUAUUA